AUGUCGUCCUUCUUCACGGCCCCGGCAUCGCAGCGGAAAAGGAAGCGUUCGCAGACCUCUGCCCCCGCCCCAGAAAAACGGAAUCGCAAGCGCCGCGAGGACUCUGUCUCCAGCGGCGAGUCCGAUGACGACCAAGACGACCGGCCGCGCGACGAAGUAGACCAUGAGAGCGACCGUUCGUCCGAGGCCGAAGACGAAACCGCAGCUGAGCGCCGCCUGCGUCUCGCCGAGCGCUAUCUGGAGAACAUUCGUGAAGAGGUCGACGAGGCCGGCUUCGACGCCGCAGAAAUCGACAAGGACCUGAUCGCAGAACGAUUGAAAGAGGAUGUUGCCGAGAGCAAAGGCCGCGUCUAUCGGCGCAUAGCGUCGAGCGUGGAUUUCCCCUCAGCAACACAUGCUUUCUUCCGCCGAGACAACCGAGCCAUCACAGCAAUCGCAACACACCCCCCUUACGCAUAUACGACCACCAAAGACAUGUGCUUGGCCAAAUGGUCGAUACCCGCUCCUCUGGACCCUACCGUCGAGCAUCCUUCGAAUCUAGCCCCUCGAACCACCCCUUCUCAGGUUGCCUGGACCAAGGGCAACAAGAACCACGCCAACGACCCGAAUUACCAACAUCACACCGCACCCAUACUAUGCGUGGCAGUCUCUCCAGACGGCAAGUUCGUUGCCACUGGUGGAGCGGACAAGAAGCUCAUCAUCUGGCGCGCCGAAGACCUUAGCCCUCUGAAGGUCUUCAGCCAACAUCGGGACGCCGUCAUCUCACUCGCCUUCCGCCGCGGCAAGAACCAGUUGUUCAGCGCAAGCGCCGACAGGACAAUCAAGACGUGGAGUUUGGACGAGCUCGCUUACGUCGAGACUCUUUUCGGACACCAGGACUUGGUGGUGGACAUUGCCGCACUGGCGCAGGAACGGUGCGUGAGCGUGGGCGCACGGGACCGCACGGCGAGAUUAUGGAAGGUGGUCGAGGAGUCCCAGCUCGUCUUCCGCGGCGGCGGGUCGAGCGUGACCAAGACCAACCGCUUGGACGGCAACAGCAGCGGCGCGAAGAACGGCGGCUUCGUAGAAGGCAGCAUCGACCGCGUCGCGCUCGUCGACGAGGAGACGUUCGUCACGGGCAGCGACAACGGCACCAUCUCCCUGUGGUCCAUCAACAAGAAGAAGCCCGUGUUCACCGUCCCGCUCGCCCACGGCGUGGACCCGCCCAUGCGCCCUGCCGAGGUCUAUGCCGACGCCGAGAUCGACGACGACGCCUGGCUCCCGCCUCCGCAGCCCCGGUGGAUCACAGCGCUGACCACCAUCCCGUACACCGAUGUCAUCCUCAGCGGUAGCUGGGACGGCUGGAUCAGGGCGUGGAAGAUCAACAAGGAAGGGCGUAGAAUCGAGGCGUUAGGGCCCGUCGGCCGCGUCCGGGAGCAGCAGCGGCAGCAAGGCGGCGCGGACGUCGACGGCGACGCCGUCAUGGCGAACGGUGCCGCCGACGAUCUGCAGCCCGCAGUGGGGAAUGUCAGGGGUGUGGUGAACGAUCUGUCAGUCUUCGAGAGGGGCGACAGGGGUAAGGACGGCAUUUGUGUUGUAGCGGCCGUUGCGAAGGAGCUCAAGUUGGGCAGAUGGAGAAAAUACCCCGGCAAGAACACAGCCGUCGUUUUUGAGGUCAAAAGGAAUAUCGGCGGGCCGGAAGAAGACGAUGCCGAGGAAGAGUAA